GCUCAGGUCCUUAAAAUACAUCCGCCAGAGUAUCAAAAUAGGGAGGAUAUGGUGUUUUGUUACAAUUUUGUCGGCCUCUUGUUACCAUCACUUUGUGGUAACUAAACAGUAGCAGUAAUGGUUGCUUUACAAAUAAUUUAAUUAACGUCUGAACAAAUAUAUAGAAAUAUGAUAUAGUUGAAGUACCGUUUGUCAGUUUUAUUACUGCACAGUGAAAAAUCCUCCGGUGUCCGAUUCGUCAAUCAACAGUGGAAGAAGUGGAAGAAUAUUGACAGCUCGUCAAGCCGCUAGCUGCUCACUACACAUACACAACGCUUCCUGCCCUGCCGACACUUUUCUUCACUCGACUUCUUUCCAGCUAUGACAGGCACUUUAGACCAAACCGACAAGGAAAAGAUGCGCUCAGUGUCUGUGGACCUGAGUAAUGAUGUGUCUCUGCUUAUUGACAUUCCUGAUGCCCUCUGUGAGAGGGACAAAGUCAAGUUUACGGUCCACACAAAGACUACACUUACCACUUUCCAGAAGCCAGAAAUCUCUGUUCCCAGGCAGCAUGAAGAUUUCAUUUGGCUACAUGACACUCUGGUUGAGACAGAAGAUUAUGCUGGCCUUAUAAUUCCCCCAGCACCCCCAAAGCCUGACUUUGAAAGUCCAAGAGAGAAGAUGCACAAACUGGGAGAAGGUGAAGCCACUAUGACCAAGGAAGAGUACACGAAAAUGAAGCAGGAGUUGGAAGCUGAGUACCUGGCUGUGUUCAAGAAAACUGUCCAAGUGCAUGAAAUUUUCCUGCAGAGGCUAUCCUCUCAUCCCACUCUAAGCAAAGACCGAAACUUCCAGAUUUUCCUAGAGUAUGACCAGGAUCUCAGUGUCAGAAGAAAGAAUGCCAAGGAGAUGUUUGGAGGAUUCUUUAAAAACAUGGUGAAGUCAGCUGACGAAGUCCUUAUCUCAGGAAUAAAGGAAGUGGAUGACUUUUUUGAGCAGGAGAAGACGUUCCUUCUUGACUACUACAGCAAAAUUAAAGAUUCCACUGCCAAAGCCGAGAAAAUGACCCGCACACACAAAAAUAUAGCAGAGGAUUACAUUCAGAUCUCGGCCACUCUGAGCACACUUUCUGCUGAAGAUAGUACAGCAAAUAGGAAGCACAUGGAGAAGCUGUCAGAUCUGUUUGAGAAGCUCAGAAAAGUGGAGGGACGAGUAGCGUCUGAUCAGGAGCUCAAGCUCACAGAGUUACUAAGAUAUUACAUGCGAGACAUUCAGGCAGCAAAAGAUCUUCUCUACCGACGAGCUCGAGCGUUGGUCGACUAUGAGAACUCCAAUAAGGCUUUGGAUAAGGCUCGACUGAAAAGUAAGGACAUUCCUCAGGCGGAGGAACACCAGCAGCAGUGUCUACAGAAAUUUGACAAGCUCUCAGAGUCUGGGAAGAAAGAGCUCACAAGUUUCAAGGGCAGGCGAGUUGUGGCGUUUAGAAAGAAUCUCAUCGAGAUGGCCGAACUGGAGAUUAAACAUGCCAAGAGCAAUGUGACACUAUUGCAGGGGUGUAUUGAACUGCUUAAGAGCAACUGACAGCAAAUGACAGUAUUCUUGUCCUAACUGCCAUGUGACCAGUUAUGGCCAAUGAAAUCUGGCGUCUCUGGGGCCUCACACAGACCCCAUCUUGGCUUUCACUUGCCUCUUAACCUAUUGCUUUAGCACAGCAUUCUUAUAUUUACUCAAUCCAUGUUCUCUGGUCCGCAGCGCAUACUCUUCACACCCAACCCAAUAUUAUUGACUAUCACUGUUGUUUUCUUUUUCUUGUAACAUCUCAUUUUCAUACUAUUUUGACAACAGAAAUCCCAAUUCAUUGAUGCUUCAGCGCAAUUACUUUUUCAUUUAUCUUUCUUGUGAGUAGUCUGACACAUCUGUACGAUUUUGAUUAUUUUCAUCAGAAUAGUUUUGAAUUAGGGUCUGCCAACACAUUCUCAGCAAUCCUAGAUGAUACUUUAGUGCACGGCAUCCUAUAUACGCAUGCAUUUUGAAAAUACCAUCAUUCACAUAUUUUGUUGGCAACUUCCCUACUAACUGUGCCAAUCGUUCCAUUUACAAUGUUGCUGAUAUUUUGACCUUAUUUUGCCCUAUAUCUUCUAUCGCCUUGAUGGGGUCUCAUGUAGUAGGCCCAUUAUGUUUCCCAGGUAUUGAAACAAUUAUGAAAAGGUGUGCUAUGAAGACAACAAGUUUCACAAUCAUCACAAAGCACAGUGGUGUGUUAAUACAUGAUAGAUUUCUGAAAGAAUGUAUUUGUAAUUGAUACAGAGUGAAUUUCCUUAUGCAAUGCUUUUCUAACGCAACAUUAGCAUUUUAUACAUUUGUAGCAAUAUUGAAUAAAUCCUACUUUC